UUUCACUGCGCCACUUUCUUGUGUGCUGCCACUGAUGUAAAAGUGUAAUGUCAAUAAAUAUUAUUAUUAUUAUUAUUAUUAUUGGUGUUAUUUUUUAACAAAUUUUUUUUAGGCUUUUAGCAAAUCCUUUUGUAUUACCUUUUUUCAAUUAUUGUAGUACAGUAUGGUUCAGUUGCACUGCUGUUCAUCUUAAUUCAAUUCAGGUUUUACUAAAUAGGCUAGCCAGAAUUAUUUAUUGAUAUUAGACCACCUGUUAAUGAUCUUAUGGAAUCUCUUAACUGGAAGGAUGUAAGCCAACAAUGGGAACAUACUAUUCUUAUAGUGACAUUUAAAUGCUUAUUGGGCACUGUUACUUCAAUUAAUUUUUUACAAAUUGAUUGAUGCCUACUAUAGCAUAAAUACAAGAAGUAAAUUGAAAAACAUUUUAGUCUUACCACAAUGGCAAAGUGAUUUUGGAAAAAGAACUUUUAAAUAUUGCUCAGUAUUACUCAGACAUUCGUAGCAAUAUUCAUUCCCUUUCCAUAAAAUCCUUUAAAAAUUUCAUUUAAUUUACUCAUUUGUUUUUCUUUUGUUUCUUGUAUGCAUUUUUCUUUUAAUUUUGUUUUGUAAUGUAAUGAAUUUAAGAUCAUACACUGGACCUCAGGGAAGAACAGUGUAACAAUACUGACUGAGUAUCCAGAAUAGAGAAUAUAUUUCUAUCUAUCUAUCUAAGCAUCAUGCAUCUGUUUGUCUGGAUUUUAGAUGCUGUCUCAGAAAGAAACUAAUACAUUAUGUAUAACAAUAUAGGUAACAUUUGAAUUUCAUUUACAAUUCAACGACGGCUGUAUAAUGGCACUCUGUACAAAUCUUCCUAUAUUGGCGGUUGAAGAGGCAGUUCAUAUUCAGCAGCUGAUUCAAACAUUUGUAUUUAUAGUAUUCAUAUAUUUGUUUAAACAUGAAAUGUUUAACAUAAUCCACAGGACUUGGCCCAACUGUCCCAGAAAUAGGUCUUGAUCGUUCUAAGUAUGAGGUACACGCUAAAACCUGCUUCACCAUGGUGUCACCAGUAGUUGAGCAGCAGCUUAAGGAUCAGGGUACAAAGUCAGUUAUCUUGUGCGGAAUUGAAACACAGGCUUGCAUCCAGCAGACUACACUGGAUUUAUUGGAGCGGGAUUUUGAUGUUCAUGUUAUUGCUGACGGGUGCUCUUCCAGAAGCAUGGUUGACAGGAUGUUUGCAAUUGAGAGGAUGAGGCAAAGUGGGGCAUUUAUCACGACCAGUGAGGCAAUGCUCUUGCAAUUACUUCAGGAUUCUAAAAACCCAAAAUUCAAAGAUGUCCAAAAACUAAUAAUGACUUCUGCUCCGGACUCUGGUUUACUGUCAAAAAUACCAGAGAAUUAAAUCUGGAGAUUACGAGAACUGUUUAAAAGUCAUCUCAUGAGAUAUAAACAGAUCUGUCAAAAAAACUGUUAUAUGCCCAUAUAUAGUCAUGUCAACUAAAAUUGUUGUCUUGACGGUCUUACCUGCUGAGUGCUUGAAGAUUAACAAAACAUAAAAAUUGUCAUUUUUACCAAUAAGGUAUUGAUAAUGCUACUUUAGUUCAAAACAGAUAUUUUUUAACAAUAAAUAUACAGUAUUAAUAAAAUUGAAAUUUUGUAUUUCAA